AAUAAAAAACAAAAAUGAACUAAGAAACAACAACAAAAGCAAGAAUCGUUGAAGUCCUCGGAAAAACCGGAUCUAGAGGUGGUAUAACAUAAGUUAAAGUUGAAUUAAUUACUGGAGGUGAAAAAGGACGUAGAUUAGUCAGAAACGUCAAGGGACCAACCAAAAUUGGUGAUGUUCUUGAAUUAAUGGAAUGUGAAAGAGAAGCCAGAAGACUUAGAUGAAUAAAAUAAAUAUUUUUUUAAAAAAAAUUAAAGCAAAAAAAUCAAUAUAUUUAUUUAUUUAUAUUUUAUAAUAUUUUUUUGCAUGAAAAAUAUUGUUUAUUUAAACUAAAUAAAUAUAAUUUAUCAUAUUUA